CCGUUUGUUGACUUCCUGGAACGCUUGAGCCGCCGACGUUCGGAGGGUCGCUGUGGGUGUCCAGAGGGCUUGCCAGACCCGCGUCGGAUCUGUGGCGCUGUUUUAGGCCCCACCGAAUCGCCCCUGCCGCUUUCCCGGCCCAGGGGCAGGCUCCCCGUGCCGCCCUGGGCAUGGAGGAACCCGAGGAGGUGGUGCCGAGUUCAGGUGCUUUGUUUACAUUUGGAAAAAACAAAUUUACUGAAAAUAUUCCCAGCAAAUUCUGGUUUAAAAAUGAUAUACCUACAUUUCUUUCAUGUGGAGAUGAACAUAUUGCUGUUGUUACAGGAAAUAAUAAACUUUACAUGUUUGGCAGUAACAGCUGGGGCCAGUUAGGAUUAGGAUCAAACUCAUUUGUGGGCAAGCCAACAUGUGUCAAAGCUUUAAAACCUGAAAAAGUGAAAUUUGCUGCCUGUGGAGGGAACCACACCAUCAUUUCAACAGAAGGAGACAAAUUAUAUGCAACUGGAGGAAAUAAUGAAGGACAGCUGGGACUUGGUGAUACCAAAGACAGAAACACUUUUCAUCUAAUUGGUCUUUUUACAUCCCAGCAUAAGGUUAAGCAGCUCUCUGCUGGAUCUAACACUUCAGCUGUACUAACUGAGGACGGAGAGCUCUUUAUGUGGGGUGAAAAUUCUGAAGGACAAAUUGGCUUAGAAGAUAUAACCAAUAUAUCUGUUCCCCACCAAGUGACCAUUGGGAAACCAAUCUCCUGGAUCUCCUGUGGAUAUUACCAUUCAGCUUUUGUAACAACAGAGGGAGAACUGUACACAUUUGGAGAACCUGAGCAUGGGAAGUUAGGUCUCCCCUACGAGCUGCUGAUCAAUCACAGAACACCCCAGCGAGUGCCUGGAAUUCCUGAGAAGGUGAUCCAAGUAGCCUGUGGUGGAGAGCACACAGUUGUUCUUACAGAAAAAGCCGUGUACACCUUUGGCCUGGGACAGUUUGGUCAGCUAGGUCUUGGCACUUCUGUUUUUGAAACUUCAGAACCCCAAAUGAUUGGCACUUUUAAGGAUCAGAGAAUAACUUAUAUUUCCUGUGGAGGAAGUCACACAGCUGUGAUAGCAGAUAUGGGCAUUAUGUAUACUUUUGGAGAUGAUCAUCAUGGAAAAUUAGGGCUUGGAGUAAAGAAUUUUACCAAUCAGUUCAUUCCCACUUUGUGCUGUAAUUUUUUGAGCUUUACAGUUCGAUUGGUGUCUUGUGGUGGAUGUCACAUGCUAGUUUUUGCCACUCCACGACUUGGUGUGGCAGAAGAAGUUGAGUUAGAGAAAAGAAGCGAAUCUUGCUUCUCUGCAAUGGCUUCUCUAUCCAUCAGUGAUCAGCCCUCAGGAAAUGUACUGCAUAGAACUUUAUCAGCACGUAUGCGACGAAGAGAGAGGGAGAAAUCGCCAGAUUCUAUUCAAAUGACACGAAUGCUACUUCCUCCCAAACAACCUGUUGGUUUUCCCCCCAGUUCAGUUCCUUCCCCUAUGUCUACAAGUAUUCUGCCAGAGGAAAUGAUAUCUGAAAAGAAGGGUCCCAUGCAGCCAACAGAGCCAGGUUAUUUUCAAGAUAAAAUUAUCAAAGGGAAAGAGACAGACAAUUAUUCAACAGCAGAUUCAGAAAGCCUUGGAGAAACUACUGACAUCUUAAAUAUGACACAUGUUAUGAGCCUGAAUUCCAAAGACAAGUCAUUAAAAUUAUCACCAAUUCAAAAACAAAAGAAACGAAAAACAGUUAAGAAACUGAAGCAGCACACAGCUCAUACUGAAAAUGACGAUAGUAGUGACUAUGCAAGUGAAGAGAUGUCCCAAAAAAGGAAAGAAGGGAAAACAUAUAAACAGGUUUUGGCAAAAAGAAUACACAUGAUACCACCAGCUCUGACUAUGGAAGCAUUUGUAUAUGAGGGCAUAAGUAGUGACUCAGAGCAGCCUGGGCUGCAGGCCACUGCUGAUACAAAGCAUUUGCAAAAAGAGAUAUUUAGAUAUAAAAUUACAUGCAGUAUUUAUCUACCUGAUGCUAAAGAAAUAGAAAGGGAAAGGGAUGGUGAACACAGUCAGAAGGAUUCAAAAGCAGAAGAUACAGUCUCUGAGAAGGUCACUGAGCUGGCGGCAAUGGCAGGUCUGAAGGACAUACAAGAAAGUGAAGCAAAUAUAAGAAAGAUUUAUACAUUCUUUGAUGACUUACCAAAUAGAGACAUGAAUAUUGAAGAUGAAGAGAACAAAUAUAUUCUUAAGGAAAGUAAAAGGAACAAACAAUGUGAGACCUUUAACAAUGAAAAAGACUCUAUAGAAGAGCCAGACAAUUACUUGAAAGGUGAAAGUCCAAGUCAGCAGGAUACAGCUGACUGCUCCGAAGAGCUUGAGUCAGUAGAGUUUAGUAGUGGAGAUACUGAGGACGAUGAAGUAGAAAAUGAGCAAAUCUCGUGGUAUACCAGAAAAUAUAUUGAAGAAAGACAGUGGGAAGAUAAUGAACACAAAGUAUCCAAAUUCUUGGCAAAAUACGAUUUUAAGUGUGACCAGUUGUCAGUGAUUCAAGAGGAGGAGACAGGAGUGAAUUCAGAUGGCAGUCAAACAGAGAAGCAAGAAAUAGAGGCAAGUGAGGAAAAUGUGGAGGCAUCUGGAGGAAAGGAAGAUGAGGAAGCAGAGAUCCUAUCAGCUGGCCUUACAGACAGAGCAGAGGGUCAUGAAUUUUCAGAAAGUGGAGAACCAGAAGACGAGGAUGAAGAACUUGAUGAGCUUCUGGAUGAAGAAGACAACAAGAAAUGGGCUUUUGAUAAAUACAACAAAAAACCAAAAGGAAGCAUGUAUGAUCGUGCAAAAAGCAUUUCAUCAGAAGUCCUGGGAGAAAAGGAGUCGGCAGCAAGUAAAGAAUUUAAAAAGUCACAAAAGAUUUCCUUGUUUCAAAGGAUAUUAUCGAUAAAUCAGAAAACUACAAAGAGUAAUAAUGAGCCACUACGAGAAAAAAAGCCAACAGGAGAUCAAAUAGCUGUUAAAAGCAACAAUGAAGAUGCCAACCAGAUCCACAUGGGGCAAAACCAUCAGGAUACUUUACCCCCAGAUAUGAAGAGAACAUCUAAAUAUUGUACAGUACUAUAAACAUAUAUUCAUGGUCACCAAACACUGUAAUUUAAACUGGAAAAACACUGACUUCUGAAUAAAAGCUUCUGGUAACAGAGUUUUAAAUAUAUAAGUUAAUAAUUUCUCCUAUUUGGUUUGACUGGUACAACCAGUUUUGAUAUUUAUGUAUGCAACUGUUUUUGACAAGCAGUUUCAAAAUAUGUGCAUCUCAAACUCUUCUUCAAGGGUUGUGCCUUUAACUGUUCAGUGUUGCAAUAAAAAAUAUAUUUUUAUAUGUGAGGGUUAAAUUAAGAUAUUUCAUAGUUUUUACUUCUUUAUAAUUUCACAGGGAAAUAUUUGCAAUCUCAACACUAUAACAGUUUUUAAUGUAUUUGCAAUUUUUCAAAACUGAGUCAAAACUGUUGUUAGUGAACAUACUUUAAUAAACUAUGUCUGGUUGU